AUGUCCCUCGGCCUCCCCGGCCUGCACCAUCUUCCCGACAAACUGCACCAAGCAGCCCAACACAACUACCAAGGCAUCGAGCUCUUCUUCUCCGACCUCGAACAUCUCGCGACGACUUCUUUCUCAGGGGACCUUGUUGCGGCCGCGCACUCAGUCCAUCGACUUUGCCACUCACUCAAUCUCUCCAUCAUCUGUCUCCAACCCUUCCUCUUCUACGAAGGCCUUCUUGACCGCACCGAACACAGUCGACUCCUCUCACAAAAACUCCCUCAAUGGUUCCAACUCGCUCAUAUUCUACAUACAGAUCUCAUUCAGAUCCCAUCGAACUUCCUCCCCGUUGAUCCCGGCACAGGUCAUCCCCGAACCACAGGUGACCGCUCGCUUAUUGUCUCCGAUCUCCAGCGAAUUGCGGACCUCGGACUGCAACAAUCCCCUCCCAUCCGGUUCGUGUACGAAGCCCUCGCAUGGGCGAAUCACAUCGAUACAUGGGAAGAAUGCUACGCCGUAGUUUUGGCCGUUGAUCGACCGAAUUUCGGAAUCUGUCUGGACUCGUUUAAUCUCGCUGCGCGAGUCUAUGCAGAUCCGACUACGGUGUCUGGGAAAACUCCCGACGCGGAUGCAGCUCUCUCUGCUUCGCUAGCGCGUCUUCGUAAAACGGUGGAUCCUAAAAGGGUGUUUUACGUCCAGAUUGUGGACGGGGAACGACUUCAAGCUCCAUUGACGGAGGACCAUCCGUUUCAUGUCCCUUGUCAACCGGCACGGAUGAGCUGGUCGCGAAAUGCGAGGCUGUUCGCUUUCGAGGAGGAUAGAGGAGGGUAUUUACCAGUUGUCGAGGUCGCCAGGUCGUUCUUUGAUAUUGGGUUCGAUGGGUGGGUUUCGCUUGAGUUGUUCUCGAGGACUUUGGCGGAUCCGGAUAAGGAUACCCCUAGGGUUCAUGCGAGACGGGGAUAUGAGUCUUGGAGGAAAUUGGUCGCUGCGUUGGAUUUGAAUACGUCGGAGAAGUUGGUGUCUGUGCCUGAAUUAGAGUCCAAGUCGGCGUUGUCGGUGCAGCAUCGGUUGUAG